UCUCGCCAUUUAAUAUCAAAAUAAAGGGAAAAAAAAAAGAAGAAACCAAAUCGGCUUCUGAGCAAUCAUAUUCACAAUUCCCAAAUGCUUGUCUUAUAGUUCUGUGAUCCUUUGUUCAGAACAUUUUCCUUUGCUGUGCUGAAUUGCUGAUUAUUUGAGACACACACACAGACAUAGUGAAGGUAGAAUGGCAGUUUUAGUUGCAAAUUCACAUAUAAUAUACAGGGACCCUAUUUGUUACAGAGAUCAACAACAACAGUCAUCGACUGGGGGAAGCUGUUCGGUGUCACUGAGCGGAACAGGAUUCUCGUCUUCCACUUUUGGUUUUGGAAGAAGCGAUAGUAGAAUGAGAGAGGGCAGAAGGAUAUCCAGGAUUUAUUUUAGAGCUGAAGCUUUUUCCAGGCCAAAUGUCCUCCAAAUGGAACCCAUCUCCGACUGUGAUCACUUCGACCAGAUUCUUCUCCAAGCCCAGCAGCUCUCCCAGCCUAUCGUCAUCGACUGGGUGGCUACUUGGUGCCGAAAAUGUAUCUAUUUGAAGCCCAAAUUGGAGAAAUUGGCAGUGGAAUAUGAUACCAAAGCAAAAUUUUACAGCGUGGAUGUUAACACGGUCCCUCAAACUUUGGUGAAGCGUGGAAAAAUCUCGAAAAUGCCUACAAUUCAGGUCAGUUGGGUGUGGAAAGAUGGAGAGAUGAAGGAGGAGGUUAUUGGGGGGCACAAAGCGUGGUUGGUGAUUGAAGAAGUCAAACAAAUGAUCCAAAAGUACAUUUAAGGAAUGGUUAUUAUUGCUUUUUUUUCUUUCUCAAAAAUGUGUAUUUUUUUCUGUUAAUAUGUAUCUCUCUUGCCUUAUUAAUGUCAUUAAUUGUUGCCAGUUCUUUAUAAACUUGUGUUUGUAUAGUUUAGACUAAUAAAAUAUUUACAUAUAA